AUGAGCGACUUCUGGCACAAGCUGGGCUGCUGCGUCGUGGAGAAGCCACAGCCCAAGAAGAGGAGGAGACGAAUCGACCGCUCCAUGAUCGGGGAGCCCAUGAACUUCGUCCACCUGACGCACAUCGGCUCCGGAGACAUG